AUGCCUUCGUCGACCAGCUCGUCGCCGACUAAGCUCGGCGGCGCAUGGGGAUCGUCCCAGCGCAGCAACGGCGGCUCUGUGUCGCCGACGAAACCGUCGUCGGCUGCGGCGUCGCGAGCAGGCACUCCUUCUUCCUCGCGACCGUCGGCGUCAUCCGGCACCGUGCGUCAGGUUCCGCCCGGCUGCUCGCACCUGAGCGCGCUGCUGCAGCUCGCCACUGCGUCCAAGUCAGCAGCUUCGGCGACCAAGAUCAAGUCGGAAGACGCGGAGGAUGCGCGCACGACGAGCUUCGACACGCUGCCCGCGGCGACGCGGACGUACGUGAAGCGGUACGUUGCCGGGCUGCGGUGGGGCGCGCGCAUCCGUGCGGGCAGCGUGCGCAUGAUGGACGACGAGGAGAAGGAGGCGGAGCAGGCGGCUUGGAACGAGCGCGCGGCGGCGGCGGCCAAGCAGGGCAAACCGAUGCGCAAACGCCGCAAGCUCGACUACCCGCAGUGCGGCGGCUGCCACACCGAGGUGCUGCGGCCGUUUAUCUGCCUCGAGUGCGCGCACACCGCGUGCUUCUCGCCGCCCAUCGACGACGAUCCGACGGCCGUGACGCGCACGCUGGCCGACAGCCACAUGGUGCAGCAUCUGCGCUCGGCCAAGCACACGUUUGCGUUCGACCUGCUGUACGGGCACGUGUACUGCGGUGAGUGCAAGGACUUUGUGCACGAUCCGCUGCUCGAGGCCAUCCAGCGGCUCGAGACGGCGCGUGUGCAGCCGAACGGAGUGGGGCAGCAGUACGGCCCGCCCAAGAGCACGAUCGAGACGCUCUUUGCGCCGAGCGGCGCUGCGGACGCGAGCUCGGCGCUGGCGAGGUUCUACGAGACGGACGCGGCGGGCGUGAGCUGCCGUGUACCGCGCGGGCUGCGCAACAUGGGCGCCACGUGCUACAUGAACGUCAUCAUCCAGGCAUUCCUGCACAAUCCGCUGCUGCGCAACUUCUUCCUCGCGGACCGCCACAACACGGCGCUGUGCACGGCGGCCAAGACGUGCCUCGCAUGCGAGAUGGACAAGAUCUUCGCCGAGUUUUACUCGUCCGACCCGGGCGCGCUCGCCGCUGCCACCGCCCCGGGACCGGCAGCGGCGGGUGGUGGCGGUGGCGAGAACGGUGCCAACGGCGUGUUGGCCAAGGGCCCGCAUGGGCCGACGUCGUUCCUGUACUGCGUGUGGGUGGACCAGGCGAGCAGCGAGCUAGGGCAGGCGGGGCAGCACGAUGCGCACGAGCUCUUCAUCUCUGCGCUCAACUCGAUCCACACGGCGCUGACCAGCCGUGCGCUGGAGCGCUCGUCGCUGCCGACGUUUGCGUACGAGCACGCGGAUGCGCUCAAUCUGCUGUUUGACCACUACGACGGCAACGGCGGCUCGGGCCACCAGUCGGAGGACGAGGCGGGCUACGGCGGCACACCGGCGCUGCUGGGUGGUGGUGGCGGCGGAGGCGUGGCGGGAUGCCCGUGUGUGGUGCAUCGCACGUUUGCAGGCCAGCUGCAGUCGGACGUUACGUGCCAGCGCUGCGGCAAGGUCAACACGACGCGCGAUCCCAUGCUCGACUUAAGUCUGGACGUGCGGCCCGAGUCGAUGCGGCGCAAGGACGGCUGGACGGGUGCGGCGGGCGGCGCGAACAAGGCCAAGCUGCUCAACGGCAAGCUGCAGACGACGGGUGCGGCGGGCGGCGAGGCAGACGAGGAACAGCAUCUCACCAUCUGCCUGCAGCGCUACUGCUCCGAGGAGAAGCUGGGCAACAACGACUACUCGUGCACCUCGUGCGGCGGCAGCGCCUCGGCCACCAAGCAGCUCAGCCUCUACCGCCUGCCGCCCGUACUCUGCAUCCAGCUCAAGCGGUUCGAGCAUACAUCGGCCGCAGCCAAGAUCGAUACCAAGGUGCGCUUCCCACCCGUGCUCGACGUGCGUCAGUUCUGCACCGCCGAGAUCCGCGCACCGGACGAGAAUGCGCCGCCUGCGGCCGUAGAUGCGCGUUCGAGCUCCAACAGCGGCCUGACGCCCAACCCGGAUCCAGAAGCAUAUCUGUAUGAUCUCUUUACCGUCGUCGUGCACGAGGGCUCGAUGAACACUGGCCACUACACCAACUUCUCCAAGUGGCGCGGCAGCUGGUUCCGCUUCGACGAUGACAAGGUGCAUCCCACCACCGAGGCGCACGUACUCCAGGCACGCGCCUACCAGCUGUGCUACAAGAGGAGGCUGCUCAAGAACGUCACCAACUCGCGCUCGCACUCGCAGUAG